CUUUUAGAUCAGUAAUAUGAGCCUGGUGCACUUGAGUGAGUUACCCAAGGUGAAGUCUCUGAGAUGCCUGGACCUAUUGGGUUGCCCUCAGACGUCCGACGAGGGCCUCGUCCGGCUGCUCCACCACACACCUCGUCUACAAGGAUUCUCCGCCCGGGAAUGUUUGGGUGUAACGAAGGUGACGUUAAGGUGUUUGGAGAAGCACUGUCCAGAACUGAGAAGGCUGGAGACAGGGGCGUGCACCAACAGCCUGGAUACUCUGGGGGUCAAACUCGAUUCCGUCUUCUAUUUCGAUCCUCCUGAUUUCAGUCAAGAUUGGUGGCUGUAAAUUUCGGACUUUCGUACCACUGUGCAUCGCCAUGACAAGGAAUCCCGCCAUGGGUCCCCAAAUGUGGUUAUUCGAGAAUCUCGGUCCAGGGCCAGAAGAGCUGUGGCUUCAAACUUCCUCGUGAAUUCCACGAUCAUCCAUCCCCUCCAGUGCAAUCGCACACCCACGUUUCACGUGCAUCGUCCGGAACCUGAGCGAAGCGUGGAGCCAAGAAUUGUCAACAUGUCAUCCAAGGCGUCUGAUUUGAAGAAAGACAAUGAAAAUACCCGGGGAUUCGAAAUCUGGAGGAUGGAGGCUGACGACUACGAGGCAUGGAGGAGAUAUCACUGGAAACGCAAGACCUGUUCCAUAGUCCUUCUGGGCAUCUGGCUCUUUGGUCUCGUCGGCAUGGUCAGUUGCUUCAUCAUGAUGCUGCCCAUCGAGGAGUGCGAACUCCUGGCCGUUGCUGUCCUCGGACCGAUCUUGAUUCUCAAGGUCCCUGCACUAAUAUACUGUUUCGACAAGCAAUACCGAGAACCUCGGUGGCUUGCUGCAGGAGUGGAUCCGGAACUGUACCUGCUCCGGAAAGUUCCAUACCUAUUCCUGAAAGGGGGGACGAAUCUAAAUCCGAAUCGAACCUGGUUUGUGACAAUGCCCGGGGAUGACGCAGUCUAUGGAGAAUGUGCAAAGGGUAUCGAAUGA